AUGAGCUGUACGGAGUCAGCCAGAGUCUGUCUCAAGUUUACUGUCAUCUUUAUGAACAUACCAGUUGCCAUGGCGGGAAUCAUCUCCCUUUGUGUGGGGAUCUGGGUUCUAGCAUCAGACGACUCUUUCUUUGACUUGACCGCAGACGUCCUUGACCUUGAGGUUCUGGACCAGGACGUCCUCCAACGAGCUGCCAUCAUCAUGGUCUCUGCAGGAGCGGCCAUCUUGGUUUUGGCCACCCUUGGCGUCAUCGGGGCGUUGUCUAUGAAUUCUUGCGUUCUAGUUUUUUAUGUGAUUCCUCUGAUUGUGCUCCUGACCCUAGAGGCAGCAGUGAUUGUCCUGACCGUGGUCUUCAAGUCUGAGUGGGAGCCCAGGGUAGACCAGUUUGUAAAGGGCCAACUUGUGGCUCACUACGGAGACUCGGUGCACGGGGACAGUUUCACACGGUCGUUUGAUGUGCUGCAGAGAAAGCUAGGUUGUUGUGGGUGGGAGAGCAGUCAGGACUACCAGAAGCUGGACAAUGGUCAUUGGAACACAUCAAUGGACAGUGGCCAGCGCAGACAGGUCCCGGACUCCUGUUGUGUGUCAGAGAACGUCACCUGGACACAGGAGUGUGUGGUCAGCCCCUACAACUCUACAGGAUUUAGCUCUAAGGGUUGCCGGGAAGCUGUGACCACAGAGUUUCAACACUAUCAGUGGACAGUUCUUGGGGUCACUGUGUCCGUUAUUGUAUUCCAGUUUAUCCUGGUGAUCUUGACCUUGGCCUUGGUAGUUCACAAUGUCAACCAUAAGUACAACCUCAGCUGA